AACGCUGUAUCCUCGGUUACGUUGCAGCAGAGUUGCGGUCUGACACGAGAGAGGAGCGGAGGGACUGAACAGCUGACCACCUCGCGCAAAUUUUAACUGCAAGUGAUGGAAAUCUCGGAGAUAGUUUUAUUCAGCUUACUCUCCUCUCACUACUUCGGCACCAUCCUCUUCGUCACGUGGCUUUUCUUUUGCGGGACCCCCACAGAUAUCACCAACUAUGGAUUGCCUAAUUGAAGUUGGGCCACCUGAUCCUGUUUGCGCCAGGACAACCGAACGAAAUUAGAGAAAGAGAAGUCGUUAUGGUCAGUUGUGCAAAUCCUGCAUUUCCUGCUCAGAGAACUGGAUGUCAAAAGCAGAAUUUAAAUCUCAGGUAAUCACAUCUAUUUGCGCGUAAAGGACGUGGACAUACCCGCUCCAUUCAACGCUGCCUGAUAUACUCUGCGCUAUGUUUGAGUGAUUAUUGGAAAAAUCCGUAGUUAGAAUAAAGGGUGUGUUUGUGAGACUGUUUUAUUUGUGCAUGCUUGUAUUGCCCGCAUACCAAGUGUGCGCUGCAGAUUAGCUGCUCCGUUACCGCGGGCGACCCACCGCAGAAGGACCUACAAUCUCUGAGCAACAGGCCUCACCAACCACUGUGAAGGGUUCCUCUGAAAAUCCUAUUUUAACCCCUGUCAUUUGAACUUUCACUGCAACCGAGAGAGUUUUUUUUUUAAGCUGCAUUCAAUUGCACCUGUGAGGCAGGAGUAAACCAUGGCUUUACCAGACAGUGGCAUAUCUGGGGAGGAGGUACCUUUCCCAGAGAUUAUAGAGCUCAAUGUUGGUGGCCAGGUGUACAUAACCCGCUUUUCUACCCUCACAAGUGUGCCAGACUCCCUGCUGUGGGAGAUGUUCAGUAGAAAGUCAGCCAAAGGACUGGCCAGGGACACCAAGGGUCGCUUCUUUGUGGACCGUGAUGGUUUCCUGUUCCGGUACAUCCUGGACUACAUGCGGGACCAGCAGCUGGUUCUACCAGACCACUUCCCUGAGCGCGGGCGACUGCAAAGGGAGGCUGAGUUCUUCAACCUGCCAGAGCUUGUCAAGCUACUGGCACCCAAAAUCAGCAAGCAGAACUCCCUUGGCGACGAGGGAUGUCAGAGCGACCCAGAGGACUCCUCACCAGGGAUUGACACGUCCCGUAACCUCGGCUCCCUGGGGGCAGCAGCCGCUGCCUGUGCCAGCCUGGUGCCCAGUGCCAUGGACGGCAAGCGGUCCGGGUUCAUUACCAUUGGCUACCGAGGCUCAUACACUCUGGGUCGUGACAGCCAAACUGAUGCCAAAUUCCGCCGGGUGGCACGGAUCAUGGUGUGUGGGAAGACCUCUCUGGCCAAAGAGGUGUUUGGGGAGACCCUGAACGAGAGCCGUGACCCAGACCGCCCCCCUGAGCGCUACACGUCCCGCUACUAUCUCAAGUUCACCUUUCUGGAGCAGGCUUUCGACAAGCUGGCGGAUGCGGGCUUCCACAUGGUGGCCUGUAAUUCCACAGGGACCUGCGCCUUUGCCCAUGAGCAGACGGACGACAAGAUCUGGACCAGCUACACUGAAUAUGUGUUCUACCGUGAGUGAGACUAUCGGCUUUGUUCCCCUGGUCCCCCACCCUGUCUCCAAGUGCCCCCCCCCCACCCUCCAGCCUCCAGCCAUCCUGUCCUUCUCUCUCUGAUGGCUCCUGCACCAGUAGAUGUACCGUAGAUGUUGUGCCCCUCCAUCUGUCUCUGCAGCCUCUCCAGCUUGUAUCCUAUAGACAGUAUCCAGCUACUGCUCUGACUCUUCAUACCUUCUCUGCAGGUCGAAUCUGCAGCCCCACACCCCCUCUCAACCCCAGAUCCUUUCCCGUCAUCCUCCGGUCCAGCUUUGGCCCUUGCUUAAACCACCGCUCCCUGUAGUUGUAGUUCCUGGUCCUCGACCACAGCGACCCCACAGCCUUUCCUGCAGAGACUGAUACCUUCUAUGUACUUUUCUCCUUUUGUACUCUAUAUAUUGCAACUGCCUUGGUGAAGCACAAUACUGUAUCCAAGAGCUAAUUUUGUUAAAUAAGCACCCUGGUGUGUCUCCAAGACUAUUAAAGGGCAUAAGGUAAAGGGCUUUAAAGAGGGGCCGUGAAGUACAGUAUACUUUGGCUGCUCACCCGAGCAGAACGGACUCUCGCCUGCUUCUCUGAACUAAAUUACCAAAUAAUUGGACAUCUUAUCAGCCUUGAGGGAUGCGGGCAGCCCAAGCACAGAAAAGAAAUGUAACUCAAUUCAGUUGUUCUUAAAUGUGUCCAGUACAAUGCGGUUGUGAACAGUAGUUUCUUCAGUACAGUAAUAAUCAGUUCCGCUGCUGUUAUGAGUGAAUAAUGCAGGGAGGAAAUUGCAUUGAGCUUUUUAUUUUGAAAGGGAUAAGUAUAUUGUAGGUGUGUGGAGUCUCCUUCUCAAAAAUAGGCUGAUUGGAAAUGAACAAGCAGCAGGCUGUGCUAAACAAUGAUGGAAUCUCAAAUGUCACAAAAUGUGGGCGACAGAAAGAAAGAAAGAAAAAAAAAGGUUGCCGGAUGAGGUGUGUGUGUAUUGAUUGUGCAAUAGAGCUUUCAGUAUUUUAAUAACUCUCGCUGGGAGGGCCGAGGAGAUGUUGUUACGUCACUCAGAGCCCACUGCUUUAUUUGUUUCGCUCAUUGUGCUUCUUUGACAUUUCUUUGCUCAAUAAAAUAUUUAGGAGCUUUUUGAUGGUGACGCGCUUCUUGAGAUCGGCUUACACCCCGACGACAUGUUGUUUCCCCCCGAAAAUGUUUUAGUCACAUUAGCGGAUCACGUUUUGAGUGUUCUGUAAACAACAAUGUUAUUCUUAAUAUUCAGUUUGAUAUUAGUUUAAGCUGUUGAAUAUUUGAUGAUGUGAAUAACCACAAGAAAGGGUAGAAUUACGCUGCAGCCAGCCAAGCCCAAUGUGUCUCUACAAGGGCACUGUGAGGGCAGUUUAUAGCGAGCAGGUAAGACUUUAGUUAUAAAGGAGUUAUGAUCGAGGGUCGUUUCCAGACACAGCCUCAGGACAGGCCUGCACAUCAUAUAGCCUACCUCAGACUAAAAUACAAACUGAAGGCACACAAAAUCCAGCUGAUGACGUGAAAGUGCAGACGGGAGUUAGGAAAAUAGCCCAAACGUCGAUGCUGUAACAAGAUUAUGAAGAAGAAGAUGAAUUUGAGAAACAGCCAUCGAGGCAGCAUAGUGCAGGAUUUCUCCUAUAAGCUGUCAGGUUGUUGUCCUGGCAGGACGUCUGACAGUCACAAUAAAUGUAUUCUGAAAUGUCUAGAAAGGGCAAUGUUGUGUUUCAGUGUGAUGUUCAAGUGCUGUUGACAUCUGAGUUCAUAUGUUAGACCUGCUGCAGUGUGUCGCUGCAGCCGUAGACCACUGAAAUUAAAAGUGUUCAGCGAAAAAGCAAAAUUGAUUUGUCAAAUAAAAGAUGUUUUCUUUCUA